UCUGUUGGUUGCACGUCCACAUCAAUGAGACAGAGCAGAGAGCGAGGAGGAAUCCACGCGUGUAUUUCCACGCGGACACUUGUGCACGUGCUCCUCUCCUAUUUUUUGCUUGCGGAUUUCCUCUUUGUCGCAGUCCUCUAUCCAUCCGCAAGAACGAGAAAGAGAGCGAGAGUGUGUGAUUUUGUGUAGUUAUAAGUAGUGGGCAUGAUCUGUUUUCUGUCUGCGUCGUUUCCAUGCCAGCAUGGGAACCGCUGUGUCCAAAAGGAGGAAUUUGAGAAACGACGCGAUAUCAUCCGUGGCAGCAAAAGUUAGAGCAGCACGAGCAUUUGGAGAGUACCUGUCACACACACAUCCUGACAACCGAAACGGAUCAGCUCAUCUCCUGUGUGAAACCUUGGUGGAGCCUGACCCUGAAUCGCCAAACGGGACCACAGGUCCCAACAACAAUCACCUUCAUCUGUGCACUGACAACACCAAGGACUCCAAAGAUAGCCCAGAGGACAUCAUAGUGAAAACAUCUUUGGGUCUGCACCAUCAACCACCUCCAUCCAUCACUGUUUCCAGUAAGCCAGUGCGACUAUCCCUUGAACGCAGCUUCUCAGUAGAGGAGGACAAGCAGAAGGACGUUGGGUGCACUCUGCAGCCUGCUCGUGUCUACACCAUUACCACCCAGCACGGCAUGCUGAUGAGUGGCGGCCGUGGUAGCAAGGAAAGUCUGGAACUCUAUGUCUUAAAGGAGAGGUCAGGGAGUGGAGGUGUGGGACCCAAAGGUAGCAGUGUAAGUGGUCACACUACCUUGAUCCAACCCUCCACUUCCCCUUCAUCUUCCUCGUCGUCUCCGACCCAGUAUCACCAAACUGGAAGCAAUCGCAGCGCCAGCAGCUGUGGUGGCAGCCACCAUCACCACCACCACACAGGACCCUCAAGCAGUGGGGCCGCAUGUGGGCCAAGUGGAAGUAACAACCAGCAAGUCGUGAGCGUCUCGGGGUCUCAUUCCCACCAUACAGCACACCACCACUCCCACCACCACCAUCAGCUGGCUCAGCCACCUUUGCAGACCUCAGUCAGUGCCCACAACAUCCGAAGCUGGGGAGACAGCAGUAAAGGGGAGGCGGAAUGCAGUGGGCUGGCCUGUGAGUCCUGCAGUGCCGUUCCUUCUCGGAGCCAGGGCUCCCUGGACCUUGAAAGUGCAUCUCGAGAGCCAGGCAAGCAGCACCGACGCCUAGAAAGGAUGUGGAGUGUGGACCGGGUGACUGGGCUGGAGAGAGAUGAUGCUAACUGGUUCCCAAAGGAAAACAUGUUUUCCUUUCAAACCGCUACAACCACCAUGCAGGCGUGAGUGGCUUUCCGGGGAUUUGGCCCAAGAAAAAGGAGAGAGAGAGAACAGGAUUCAGCAGAAGUGUACCAGAGGAACUUCCGGAAGCAUCUUCGUAUGGUGGGCAGCAGAAGGAUUAAAGCACAGACGUUUGCUGAGCGUAGAUCGAAGAGUUUCAGCCGUUCCUGGAGUGACCCCACCCCUGUCAAGACUGACUCUCCUCAUGAACCCAAAGACAGUGGAGACCUGCAGACUUCCUGCGGCACUCUUGACGAAGGUGCUGUUGAUGAGGCUGCCGACUGGGAGGAGGAGAGAGAAAUGGAGAGGCUAGCCUGCGAGGGAGAUGAUUUUAUACCUCCUAAAAUCAUGUUGAUCUCCUCCAAGGUCCCAAAGGCGGAGUACGUACCCACCAUAAUCCGCAGGGAUGACCCAUCCAUUAUCCCCAUCCUAUACGACCACGAACAUGCAACUUUUGACGACAUUUUGGAAGAAAUUGAGAAGAAACUCACAGCUUACAGGAGGGGAAGCAAGUUCUGGAGGAUGCUCAUCUUUUGCCAGGGAGGUCCAGGUCAUCUGUACCUCCUGAAAAACAAAGUAGCAACAUUUGCCAAGGUGGAAAAGGAGGAGGACAUGAGCCAAUUCUGGAGACGACUCAGCCGAAUGAUGAGUAAAGUCAACCCGCAGCCCAACCUCAUCCAUAUAAUGGGAUGCUACGUCCUGGGAAACCCCAAUGGAGAAAAGCUGUUCCAGAAACUGAAGAAUCUGAUGAGGCCUUAUUCUGUGGAGUUCGAGUCGCCGCUGGAACUUUCUGCACAGGGCAAAGAGAUGAUCGAGAUGUACUUCGACUUCCGCCUCUAUCGCCUUUGGAAGACGCGUCAGCACUCCAAACUGUUGGACUAUGAAGACCUUUUGUGACGAACAAACACCUGAGAUAACGAAGAUCUUCCUUCGUGCCACGAGGAAAGCGUUGCUGUGACUAUAGACGUUCUGCUAACCUAGUGUUAACUCCAUACAAACAUUUUUUUUCCUCAUAGUGGAAAAAAAGGGACAUCACUGACUUCAGGUUAAAAAAAUAUCUGUAAAGAUCCCAUUUAAGUCCCUAUUUGGUUGCCAGGAUGUCUGGUUGUGUCUUCUAUAUACAGUGGAGAUUCAAAAAAAUAAAAUAAAAUAAAAUUUUAAAAAGUCUAGACACCCCUGUUAAAAAGCUGGGUUUCCAGAACAGGAUGAACCUUUUCAAAAGUUUUCAAAUGAUUUAUCUUUCUGUAAUUUUCUUAUAUUACUAAACCUGACAUUUGAACAGGAGUGUGUAGAUUUUUUUUUAGAUCCACUGUAAAUAGCUAUUAUUUAGCCGUGUCCGCUUGUGUCUGUGUAAGAAUCCUGAGUAUCUGACAUAGCUUCAGUCAUGCGGUUAAUAAUCAUCCUCACAAUCGGAUCAACGAUGUAUAGUUUAUUUUUGAUGUGAAAUGCCGUGAGGUUUUCUUACAGUACAUACGUUGGAAUAACUCAGGUUUUAGCCACUAAAGUAACAAUUUUAAAUUAUUCUAAUAUUUAUUGCCAUCUCACUGGGCGUGAAUGUAUUAUUAAUGUAACUGAAAUGUACUGUACCUCUUUAUUGUUUCUUUUCUUUUUUUUUUUUGGGGCGUGAAUGUGGUCGCUUAUGGAAAAAAAAAUAACAAAACAUAAAUGACGUGGAUUUUUUGUGCAUUUUCUUUGCGGCUGUGAAAAGCUAAAUGUAUUCACAUUUUUGCUGUGAUGUCAAGAGGGAUGUAAUAGCCAUCCAAUAAUUGUGUUUGAGAUACUUCAAACAAUUACCGCAAAACUUAACAACAAAAAAAGUCCUCUAAAAAUCCCCAAAACGGGCAUUUGACUACAUUUCUUGGACUCAUUGAUUAAUAAAUCAACAAUUAAUUGUUUUUUAACAUUAUUUGUUCUGAAUUCCUGUUUUCAUGUAAGCAUCACAUUCAGAAGAAGGUGUUCUUUAGACAACUACAAAGUUCAGCAUUUGGAACUGUCUCAACAGCGUAGUUGCUGUUCUUCCAAUACAAUCCACAGAAUCGUUAAAACUCAUUCAAUGCUACCUUUCCCAAUUUAACUCAACGACUGCCAGUGUUCCCAGUCUAACUGGAUUGGAUGUUUAUCACCGUCAAUGACACUAAUACGUGUUCAUUACCUACCAGUGAUCCCAAUAAAACUCCAUUGGACAUCCGUCGCCGUCAAUAGCUGUGAGUGAGUUCUAACAAUGAAUUAAUCCGUUAUUAUUAUUAUUUACAAAAUGUUAGAUACAGUGGUACCUCUACUUCGAAAUUAAUUGGUUCUGAGAGUAGUUUCUCAACUUAAAAAGUUCUGUAAGUAGAGACGUGCUUUACAUGUAAAUUCCCUAAUCUGUUCCAAGCCCCCCAAAAUUUAGACAUACAUCUUUUAUAAUGUAUUGCCUCUUGUUAAGAAAGAAAUUUCAGGUUACGAGAGGCAAAAAUACUAUACAACACAGUGAUCCCUCGUUUUUUUGUGGUUAAUGGGGACCAGAACCUGC